CUUCCGUUUGGGGGAGCGACGAGCUGCUGAUAGCGGCGUGGCUCGACUUACACGGAGGUUCCUGUUGUUGCUGCGGUUCUUUCUUCUUCUUACUCUACAAUAAUUCUGAAUGUCCUACAUACUGUGUUCCUAAGCGUUCGAGCGUUGAAGCAUUCCUCUCCGUACAGGUACCCUAGAGCCUUGCAGUACCUACCGUUGGCACACACCUCUGCAUAAUAAGCUCUCCGUUCAGCCUAUUCUUGGCUGUUUCUGCACCCCUCUCGGCCUGGGAGGAAUCUCUGUCUCCAGACUGACCAGCUCGUUCAGAACGGACACGUCAUCAUGGCGCACCUCACACGCGAAGAAGUAUUAGCAUCUGGAAUCGUGGCCAGUGACUAUCAAAAGGCCUUCGAAACACGCCCCGUUGAUAUUAAGGGUAAUGACUUCUUCGAGGUUCGGGCAAGCCGCGCGAAACAUCUCCAGAAGCUUCGCUAUUUGUAUCCUAUCCCCGGGCCGAUCCCAGACGAAGUCAAAGAGUCGAUGCAUGACGCGUCUGCAAGGGAUGGCUACUCUAUCCGCGUGCGCGUGUAUCAACCUGCCAAGGGCCCCCCCGAGGGCGGCAGUCCGCUUGUAAUGAUGUACCAUGAGGGAGGCUGGAGCAUGGGUGAUCUCACAGACGAGGAUCUGAAUUGCAGAAUGUUCGUCCGCGACUUGGGAUGCGUGUGCGUGAAUGUGGAAUACAGACUCGCGCCUGAACACCAAUUUCCCGUCGGCGUCAACGACUGCUGGGACGCUCUGAAGUGGGCUCUCGAUAAUGCAGCGUCCCUCAAAGCGACGCCCACACAAGGCAUCAUCGUCGGCGGCGCUUCUGCAGGUGGAAACCUAGCCGCCAUCCUUGCCCUCAUGUCCCGCGACACGCUCCUUUCUCCUCCUAUAACUGGUCAAUAUCUCUGUGUUCCCGCGCUUCUUCCCGAGUAUAAUGUCCCGGAGGCUUUGACUCCAUUUUACCGCUCUCGAUACGAUUCCCGCUCCGAUCCUGUGCUGAAAGACUUGCAGCCAGGCAUGAUAGAGGCUAUUUACAAGCCGGAAGAGAAGUCGCCAUUGUGGGAUCCUUUCAAUCACCCGGAUGGCCAUAAGAGCGUGGCAAAGGCUUACUUUCAGGUGGGUGGGCUGGACCCGCUGAGGGAUGAGGCAGUGCUUUACGAUAGGAAGCUUAGGGAGGCUGGGGUGCUGACGAGAUUCGAUUUGUAUGCCGGAUAUGGCCAUAUGUUUUGGACGAACUAUCCGGAGAUGGAGAGAAGCAAGGGAUUUGUGGAGGACACCCUCAAGGGGGUGAGAUGGCUCCUUGAGAAGUAGGAUGCAUUGCAUACUGGCGAAUAGAGGCUGAAUUUGUGCUGGCAAUGUAUUAGUUUACUUGCUUGCAGCCCAGGAUAACUUUAAAGUCGUUGCGGAUUGGUGAAGGCUACCAG